UGAACUAUUUGAUGACAUAAAACUGGAACAAGAAACAUAAUCUUUAUUUAUAUUGAAGUUCGACAAAUCUUUAUGGAUUAUAUGUCCUUUAAUUUGACAACAGGAGGUUAAACUUGGUACACAGUCUGAUGCUGAGGGUCUAAUUGAUAUUGGCAUUUGUCACAGCUGCAAAACAAAACCAUAAAAGCAACAAAUUGAUUCUGCUGCUCAGGUUGUAAACAUGAGCAGCAGAAAGUAAAUCAGGUGAUCUGGUGAUUUCCUUCGAAUACCACCUUGCACAAACGCUGAACAUUCUGCACGGCCUCGCAGAGGCCACAACUGAACUUUCCAGUCUUCUAUACUGGAAAAAUCAAUGUGACGAUUGCUCUUCAGCUUUGCCAGUGGGGGUCGGGUCAAUCAGAGGGCAGGAUACGGCCGGAGUGCGGUGGCAGUGAAAACCCUGCGGCGUCAGCAGCCGUUUGGAACAAGAAAGCAGAUCCAUUCCAUCCAGCUGUUAACUGUUUACAGAAAGAUUAUACAUCCGACGUUUGUGAAAACAACAAGAAACCCCCUGAGAAGAUUAGCAAACAAUCGGGACAGGUUGUAAACCAAUACCUCAGAGUGGCAAAAAAACAAUUAAAAAUGAAGCAAUAAUCCUUCAGAUAAUGUAGAAAACAUGUGAAAGAAGGAGGGAAAUUAACUCUGCUCAAAAUACACCUUUUUUUGCCACCUUGUUUUAUGCUUUAAGAAAAUUUAAAAAAAACUGGGGGAAAAAUCCUGACAUAAAGCAUCAUAAUUCAUGCAUGAAAGGGAUAAAUCCACACAGUAACACAUGGUGGUGUCAGCAUCAUGCUGUGGGGAUCCUGUUGCCCAGCAGUGACUUGGAAGUGUGGGGGAAAAAAAGCAGAGGUGUUAAAAACUGACAGUAAUACACUGCAAACGCUUUGCGACUUUAAUUGCGAUUUCCCUGCAAAGUAUUGACUCGCGGAGGCUCGAUCCAAAUGCACUCCACACUUUUCAGAUGAGGCCUCUGAAACAAAAGCAGCUUUGCUUCCCUGAAGAUAGAAAAUGAAGUUGCAAUUUAAAGUAGUUCCAGUUUAACAAACUUGAGUUCAGUCUGCUUGACAUUUAUUCUCCGCUAACAUGCAGCACCCCUCUCCCUCCCACCUACCCGUCCUUCCUUAAGAAUGACGUCACGUUAUCUCCACCAAUCACCUGCAGGUUUUAUCCCGCAGCUUGUAUAAACCGGGGCAGCCGGUGAAAGUUUCCCACUGCGUCUUACUUAUUAGGCAUUGACUGCAUCCUUCUCAAAGUCUCUGGGUUCCAGUUCAGACAGUCCCGUCAUGCAGCUUCUCUUUCUUUUGUGCGUAACGGCGCUGCUCGCCUCCUCCUGCCUGCUGUCCGAGGCGCGCGUCGCCAAGCGCUUCGCCAUCGACUGUCCGGAGAGAUGCGACAAGUCCCAGUGCCCGCAGAUCCCCGCGGACUGCCUGGCCGGCGACGUGCUGGACAGCUGCAACUGCUGCCCGGUGUGCGCGUCCGGCGAGGGCGAGCAGUGCGGCGGCCCCGGCGACCAGGACUGCGCAGAGGGCAUGGAGUGCAGGGUGACCGACGGCGUGGAGGUGUCCGCCACCGUGAGGCGGAGGGGCAGGUCCGGCGUGUGCGUGUGCAGCAACGCCGAGCCGGUGUGCGGCAGCGACGGCGUGUCCUACCGGAACAUCUGCGAGCUGAAGCGCGUCAGCAACCGGGCCAUGAAGCUGCAGCAGCCGCCGGUCAUCUUCAUCCAGAGAGGAGCCUGCGGGAAGGCCCAGCUGAACCUCGACAGUCUGCGGCACAAAUACAACUUCAUCGCCGACGUGGUGGAGAAAAUCGCUCCCGCUGUUGUUCAUAUUGAACUCUUCCGCAAGAUGAUAUUUUCUAAGAGGGAGGUCGCUGUCGCCAGCGGCUCUGGUUUCGUUGUUUCUGAAGACGGGCUGAUCGUCACCAACGCCCACGUGGUUGCCAAUAAGCACAGAGUAAAGGUGGAGCUGAAGAGCGGCGCCACCUACGACGCCAAGAUCAAAGAUAUCGACGAGAAGGCCGACAUCGCCCUCAUCAAGAUCGACGUACCGACGAAGCUGCCUGUGCUGCUCCUCGGCCGCUCUGCGGACCUCCGCCCCGGCGAGUUCGUGGUCGCCAUCGGCAGCCCGUUCUCCCUGCAGAACACUGUCACCACCGGGAUCGUCAGCACCACCCAGAGAGGAGGCAAGGAGCUGGGCCUCCGCAAUUCAGACAUGGAUUACAUCCAGACGGACGCCAUUAUUAACUACGGAAACUCAGGAGGGCCAUUGGUCAACCUGGACGGGGAGGUGAUUGGCAUCAACACUCUGAAGGUCACUGCCGGGAUCUCCUUCGCCAUCCCGUCAGACAAGAUCAGACAGUUCCUGGCAGAGUCACACGACCGGCAGGCCAAAGGGAAAACAUUACCAAAGAAGAAAUACAUCGGCGUCAGAAUGAUGAGUCUCACUCCGUCGCUGGCAAAGGAGCUGAAGGAGAGGCAUUCGGACUUCCCUGACAUCACUUCAGGGGCGUACGUCAUCGAAGUCAUCAGCCGAACUCCAGCCGAGGCAGCUGGCCUGAAGGAGAGGGACGUCAUCAUCAGCAUCAACGGGGAUCCCGUCACCUCGGCCACUGAUGUCAGUAACGCCAUAAAGAGGGACGACAAGCUGCGGACGGUGGUGAGGCGGGGAAACGAGGACGUCAUCCUGACCAUCGUCCCAGAGGAGAUUGACCCUUGACCUCUCAGCUAAAGAGAGCAGCCAAUCAGCGUGAGAGCUGAAGCAGUCAACCAAUCGCGAGCCGGCUCUCAGAGCUUCUCGACCAAUCAUGAACACUUUGAAUGAAACGAGCAUCCAAUUGGAGGGUGUGUGUGUGUGUGUGUGUGUGAGGCUGCGGCUGUAGGACUUCCCUUUUUCUCUAAAUCCUUCCUCCCACUCUGAGAGGCUCAUUACUCCUCAGGCUGAAACUUCAUGUUAGCUCUUUUACUAACCUCCAUUUACCUUCCGUCGUCUCUCAUCUUCUAUAGCCUAACACCUGUUGUGCAGAGAGAUUACUGCAGGUCACCGUAGUUCACCAUGUACUGUAUAUUCAUGUUCAUGAGGGAAUAUUUUGAUAAAGUGUUUUCUCUUUGUGUUUGAUGGCAAUGUUGUCAAAAAGGAGAAUAAAAUUAUUUUUGAAAA